UCGGCAGAGGUGACAGUUCACUGUGAACAUGCCGGGGAUGCUGCUGGGUGAUGUGCUGCCAAACUUCGCGGUGGAGACCACCUGUGGCGGAAUGAAACUGCACGACUUUCUCGGCGAUUCCUGGGGAAUCCUGUUCUCCCACCCCAGAGAUUUCACCCCGGUGUGCACCACAGAGCUGGGUCGAGCGGCCAGACUGAGCAGUGAAUUCAGCAAGCGCAAAGUCAAAAUGAUCGCGCUGUCCAUCGACUCUUUGGAGAACCACCACGGCUGGACCAAGGACAUCCUGGCAUACAACUGUGAGGAGUCCGCUUGCUGCUCGCUGCCCUUCCCCAUCAUAGCGGACAGUAAACGGGAGCUGGCUAUCGCCCUGGGCAUGCUGGACGCAGACGAGAAGGACAAAGACGGCAUGCCGCUCACUGCGCGCUGUGUGUUUAUCAUCGGCCCUGACAAAAAGCUGAAGCUGUCUGUCCUCUACCCGGCCACCACCGGACGCAACUUUGACGAGAUCCUGCGGGUGGUGGACUCCCUCCAGCUGACGGCCGGGAGACAACUGUCCACGCCUGCCGACUGGAGGCCUGGAGACUGCGUGAUGGUCCCCGCCGGCAUGUCUGAGGAGGAGGCCGCCUCUUUGUUCCCAGCUGGCGUCUACUCCAAAGACCUGCCCUCUGGCAAGAAGUACCUGCGCUACACACACCAGCAAUAGGAGACGGCGCUGAUGUUCAACACUUACUCGUGUUGCACUCAAUCCAGCAGCUCCCAUUGCUGUUUUUUUUACUCCUACCAGGGAAAAAAACAAACGGAAAAAAACCUGAGGGUUGAAUAAUAACCAACGUCUUCAGGAAUAUGUAUGACUUUUCUGUUUGUCAGUUUUUACGGCACCUACAACUCCAAUAAUAAAAGCUGUGAUGUUCA